AUGGCUUCUACUGCAAUGAAGUGGGCUCAAUGGGAGCCUACCAUCCGUGACAUGGUAGCAGCUAUCAGAUCCAGAGCUCACAGCCGGGAGAGCCAGCAUCCCUUGAUAGGCACCAUUCGAGGACCGUUCGCGGCAGGCAAAACCAUGGUAAUUCCGCCUUGGGUCUACAACAAUCUAAAGGACAGCCGUAUAGACGCCAAAGUGGUGCAUGUUUCGACGCAACUAGAGACCGCCGUGCUCAUCAAAGGCGAGGGUAAAGAAGGAGAUUCUCUGUCUGGGACAAUUCCCAUCAAGAGAGAAUCAUAUGGUGAAUUCCUCAACACUCUGCGCGCAGGCUUGACGAAUGUGAGGACCGACACACCUCCCGGCCAUCGACAAUCAACAUGGCUGAAUCCUCAGGUGUUGCCGCCGAACAUUGUCAUUUUUGUAGAAGAAGACUCGUCCCUUUCUGCCCAGUUUUGCUUGCUGCUGGUUGAGCUUAUCGGCUGGGCAGAUACGCUCACUCAAUCCCAUGGAAGAUCAAUUUCUGUGUCAAUCUUCGUCAUCGGGCAGCAGUUCGUACUACAAGGUGUCAAGAUUCCUCGAAAAUGUGGCCAAGUCCAUGGGCGCAGAGUACUUCAACCCGAUGCAGCCCUUGGUUCGUCCCGAAUGGCAACGCAUCUACAGGACCUGGGAGAAACCCCCCACCGCAUUGCGGUUAUUUGCUUUCCGCCCUGGUCCCGGGUUAUUGGUCUUGAGGAUAUUUGCACGACACGGUAUCAAGUGGACGAAUUGACUCACUCCGAGGAUCUGGCCGUGUUCAAUGCAGUUGAUGGACCAAGCGGUCCACCUACACUGCAGUUAAUCUGCCUCCCCUACGAAUUCCGAGCACCCGUGCAGAUUGGCGGGUUUGACCGCGCCUUUAUUCUGGUCAGUCCUCAUGUCCAGCAGACAAUUCUAGAUGGCCGUACGGGACAUCUUGCCGACGGCUCAUUCCAUAUCUUUCCGGAACAAGAGAUGGAGCAAGCAAGCUGGGCCAAUCGGUUUACCUGCCCGUCGUCGUCUGUAACGGUCUUCAGAGACAGAACAAGGCCGUGGAAUGCUCGCGACGCGGAGAGAAGAGUUCUGGUGGGCGAUGGACAGCUCGCCGGCUUCUUAGCUGCUCUGUCCAACUUAGACUUUCGCUCCUCUCCCGCCGGGAAGUAUGCAAUGGAUGUAUUCAUAGUUGACCGCACGACCCGGAGAGACCGCUUGCGACAGCUCAAUCAGAUGGGAAUAUGUCGUGUGUCGGAUAAGCUCGAGUUUUGUUCCGACUAUGGGCUUUCUGGCACGACAAGAAGCGCUUUUUACGACCUGCUGCCCAUGUUUGACUACGACCCGCGCCUGGCGCUCUUUGUAGCCCUCCCGUGCAGCGAUCUUGCGGUGAUCAACGUCAAGAUUCAACUGGCCGCGAUGAUCAAAAUUGGCGUGCGCAAACUGAUCCAACUUCGGAUGCCUGCCGACAUAGACCACAAGCAGUUCCACGCAAAUCUCGUCCGGCGUUACUGCAGUGGAUAUACGGCCCGCCAUGCUUCACUUGGUUCACUGUGGGCUUUGCUCGCCAUUUGGAAAUAG